AUGGAACGGUAGCCGAGUUAGGACAAACUAGCCUCUCCGGAUAAUGUACUAACUUGUCUGCAAACGGGUGAACUGGUCCGCGCUUUGUUCUUCAGAGACAGACGUUCUCAAAACGCCUUUCCCUGUUUUAAUAUGAUACUCUGAUUUUGUUUUAAAGUAUAUGGUUAAAACAUCUUGAGAUAUUUUCUCAGAUUCUUAGUCUUUGCGCACACAGCUUUGGUCAGACUACUUAUCUUUGUGCUAGCGGUUUUUUUUUGCUUUUGUUCCCCACUAUUAUUGGGUUUCUUCCCCCACCGAUCAGAUUUUUAUUUGACCAAGAUAGGCGGCUCGGGUACCAAGAUGUCGAACCGAAUGGUGUGCAGAGAAGCAAGUCACGCCGGCAGCUGGUACACCGCCUCAGGAUCUCAGCUGAAUGCACAGCUGGAGGGCUGGUUAUCCCAAGCAGAUUCUACAGUAGGACCUGCCAGAGCCAUUAUAGCACCACAUGCUGGUUAUACCUAUUGUGGUGCUUGUGCAGCCCAUGCCUACAAGCAGGUGGACCCCUCUAUUACCCGACGGGUGUUCAUCCUUGGGCCCUCGCACCAUGUGCCCCUCUCUCGAUGUGCUCUCUCGACUGCUGAAGUCUACAGAACGCCACUGUACGACCUGAGGAUUGACCAGAAAGUUUAUGCUGAUCUAUGGAAAACGGGAAUGUUUGAGAGAAUGACUUUGCAAACAGAUGAGGAUGAGCACAGCAUUGAGAUGCACCUGCCUUACACUGCCAAAGCCAUGGAAAGCUAUAAAGACGAAUUCAGCAUUGUUCCAGUGCUAGUGGGAGCUCUAAGUGAAUCUAAAGAACAGGAGUACGGCAAGUUGCUUAGCAAAUACCUGGCCGAUCCUUCCAAUCUCUUUAUCAUUUCAUCAGACUUCUGCCACUGGGGUCAACGCUUCCGCUAUACGUACUAUGAUGAAAAUCAAGGCGAGAUAUAUAGAUCUAUUGAACAUCUCGACAAGAUGGGUAUGGGAAUUAUAGAACAGCUGGACCCUGUCUCCUUUAGUAACUACUUGAAGAAAUAUCAUAAUACUAUUUGUGGUCGUCACCCCAUUGGUGUUCUAUUAAAUGCUGUGGCAGAGCUGAAGAAGAAUGGGCUAGACAUGAACUUUUCUUUUCUCAACUAUGCUCAGUCCAGUCAGUGCAGAAACUGGUCUGACAGCUCAGUGAGUUAUGCUGCUGGAGCGCUCGUCUUUCAUUGAGAUGAAUUCACCCAGAAGGCCCUUUCAUGGCUCCUUUGAUGUCCUGGAACCUCCCCACUAUUCUAGACACCCCCCCCUUACCUCUCAAUCUCAGCCCCUUGCCUUUUCUAGAGGAAGGACCUUAUACUUAUUGAGAUGAGUUAGUUACUAACCCCACCUUCCACUCUCGCAUUCCCUCUCUUUAUACUCACUGUCUCACAAGUGAGACCUCUUGGUUGAUGCUGUAGUGUGAAGUUCAGUUGCAGUGUGUGCUGCUGCAGAGUGGAAAUGUUUUUGGUUUUUCUUUUGGGAUGGCCCACAGUUUUGUGUAGGGUGGAGAAAUCUGCUUUUGGCCCUACAAGGACUUCAGGUGUCCGUUGAUCUCUUGUGUAACCUUUUUAGCAAGAAAUUGAUUCAGUUCAAGUAAAAAAGUAUGUCCAUAUUUACAUUGCACUCUUUGCAGAUCUGUGCACAUGUAACCUACCUUAAACAAGACAUAUAUCUAUACUAGCGGUACAGAAAUGAAGAGGAAACAAAAUGUGACAGACUGAUACUUGCCAAGUCUGUGUAUGCCCUGAGAAUAGCAGUGAUGGGUAGCUACUGCCAUCAUUGUUCAUAUACCUGUUUGUUUUCAACCAAGGGCUACGCAAUAUUAAGUCCUCUAACCCUCCGCUGUACAAUAUAAACCAAAAAAUCCUGGUUUUAUUUAUUUUUUAAUUUUUACUUUCUUCCAAGUUUUUUUUCUCUCUCUUACGUUUCCCUUUCUAAUAUUUAGUCACUUUUGUUAUUUACAAGCAGAUUGAUUUCCCAGCACCUUUUUUGCUGGUCAAAACAAUGUCCAAAUUUAUAAAGAAGCUCUGAGAGAGGGUUUUGCCCCAGUAUUGAAUUCAUUUUACUUUUUGAGGCCAUAGUAACUGAUUGUUGUUAUGCACAGAGGGGGGGGGGGGGGGAACUGUUUUUAGAUCAGUCUUUCUCUGCUUGCUGGGAGGCAAAGUUUUUCUAGUUUGCUGCAGUGACUUUAUGUUGGACUAGCUCUUGUGCUCCCUGUUAAUGAGGAAACCUUUCACAGGCAGGUUUCAGUAAUGGCACUUCUUGUCAGCUAGUAUUGCUCUUUUUUUGAUAAGGCCCCUUUCUCACACUUCCCAAUGAGCACAAUGCAGCAAGACACCUUAACCUCAAUGCAUCUGAGCACCAACUGAAGGAAAAAUGUCAACCCCAAGCAUUCAGCCUUCCCUAUUAAGGGUUGACUGCUUCAGACAUGAUCGUCGAAUGGAAACCAGUCAAUGCUGGUUAUACCCUGCAGAUGUGCCUUGGGUCUAUGUCGCAUCUUUUGUGUGGAGGCGUUCUUUUCUCCUGCCCCAUACUUUGUACCCAGUCAGUCCCAUUGUCUAACCCUGAGGUAAAAGGACCUGCCUCAGUCCAUCAUCAUGGAUAUUCACUGCAGAGCCCACUCUUUAAAGUUUCUGGAAGGAUCUGGCUGCCUCGCCAAUUUGUUGUCAGAGUCCGCACAAUAUUUAUUCUGAAGAAUAUUACUCUUUGCUGUGUACUGGUAGAUUAGUUACAAUUUUAUUUCAUUACCUUUUUAUUGUUACAGUUUAACACAGUUCACACAUUGUCAUAGCCUAUGUGGAGGAUUAACUGAAGCACUCCUGAGUGGAGUUAUUUUUGAAUCUCAGGUUACAUUGAAGCAUUAAAGAGUGCUUGCCAGAAAUGUUGAAAGAGUCAUGACUGAUGUUGCAAAAAAGAGGGAAAGGUAAAAUUACCUUUUUUUUUCUCUCUCUCUCUCUUUCAUUCGGUCUUGCCAUUGCUUCUUUUUCAGCCACUAAUUUGCAAUAAAUAUAAGUAUAAAGGGGA